UAUAUGACAAAUUCGAGCACCUUCAAGAUUCCACGAAAACUAUAUCAGUUCAAUGCGCAUUUAAACAGUUAGAUGCUAAUGAAGCACUCAUACAUAUAUGCGAUAAUCUGAUGUAGCGUCAUCGCUUACAUUGUUUCUAAACUCUAUUUGAAUGAGCGUUUGACUUUUCAAGCGUGUCUUAUAGCCACUCGGCGCAGCCCAAUCUACUCGUGAGAAAAAAAGAUAGCCAUAAAAAGAAAACAGUCCAGACGUCAAAGUCACGCACGAAAUACGUAAACGAGGAACCUUAUAUAAAGAUCUCGUCAUGUCUGGCUCUGUCAAAAAGGAGUCGACGCUCGAAGUGUUUGAAUCAUAUGAAGUUCUAAAACCAUGACAUCCAAAUACCAGCAGAUAUUUGUGAUACUUAUAAUCAUUAGCAUCGUCGGUUUGAUUUCAGCUACGACGCAAGCGCCGGAACGAAAAUGUAUACCGGGAAAACGAUACUUUGAUGGCUGCAACAAUUGCUACUGCACCUCCAAAAGCACUAUUUUCUGCACCAAAACAUUUUGCGAACGGAUGCAUACGACUACCUUCAAAUUGAUACCUAUGGAACUGCUUCCUCCACCUCCUGAUUUCUGGCAAUAAUUUUUGUAACCUUAUAAGCUUUGUAUUUUGGAUUUGUUUAACAUGAUCUAAAAUGCAUAUUAUAACAUGCAACUUAAAGAAAUUGAAAAUUAUUAAAUGAUGUUUGGUUAAAUUAAAAGAUAUUCAUUAAU